AUGAACCAGUUCAAGCAUAUUCACACGAGAGCCCACACUGACCUUAUGAGAAUAGGGCCUCAGAGAUGGGCAGUUGCAUGUUCAUCGGUAAGGCGAUACCAAAUGAUGACAUCCAACAUAGCGGAAUAUGUUAACUCAUGCUUGAAGCAUGCAAGACAAAUGCCAAUCACUGUUUUGAUUGAGUUCAUCAUAGACAUGUUCCAGCGUUGGUUCCAUGACCGAUACGAGGAGGUCGUCAAGGUGACCACGCCACUCAACCCUUGGGUUGCCAGUAAAUGCAAACGUGUAGCCAUUGAAUUCUGCGUUGACUACUACAAGACAACCAUUUUGGUGGAGGGUUAUUCAGGAUCCAUUAGGCCGGUAGGGUAUCCUAGUGAGUGGGACAUCCCACUUCAUGUGAAACAAAUUGUCGUCUUGCCACCACCUUGGAAAGGCCAAGCUGGAAACCCUAGGAGGAGAAGGAUUCCAUCGACUAGUGAAAGAAGUUGA